UUGAGAGACCACAAACUCCACCAAGGCCCAAUCACAAGCAUCCACUUUCUUUUUGCUCAUCUUCUCAAGGCCUCCAACGGUGGAGGCGGAAUAAACUCCGGCCACUUUUUGCAGCCGCCCGGAAUUUGAUACUCCCCCGGUCCUCCCCUAUAUAGGCACGCCUCCUUCCACCUCCCUCCUUCGCCACUUUCCUGCCUUCCUCCAUUGCUCGCCGUCCUAAGCCCAGCCGCUCAGGUAGGAGCACUAGAGCCGACAUGAUGGCGGAGGCGUGGAUGAACGUGCUGCCGCCGCCGGCGCCCUACUUCGCCGGGCAGCCGUGCUGGGCCGUGCAGCAGGAGCGUCGCGGAGGCGGCGCUUGGACGCUGGAGGAGAACAAGGUGUUCGAGGAGGCGCUCGCGGCGAUCGACCUGGACGCGCCGGACGGGUGGGAGAUGGUCGCGCUGAUGCUGCCCAGGAAGACGGUGGCCGACGUGGUGAACCACUACAGGGCCCUCGAGAACGACGUCGGGUUCAUCGAGGCCGGGCUGGUCCCGUUCCCUCACUACGACAGCUCGUCCCCUUCGUCCGGGUUCACUCUGGACUGGGACGGCGGCAGCGCCGGCGCCGGCGGGUUCCGGCGCGGCUACUGCCUCAAGCGCGGGCGCGCCGACCAGGAGCGCAAGAAGGGCGUCCCGUGGACGGAGGAGGAGCACCGGCUGUUCUUGAAGGGGCUGAAGAAGUACGGGCGAGGGGACUGGAGGAACAUCUCGCGCAACUACGUGACGAGCCGCACGCCGACGCAGGUGGCCAGCCACGCGCAGAAGUACUUCAUCCGGCUCACCUCCGGCGGCAAGGACAACAAGCGCCGGUCCAGCAUCCACGACAUCACCACCGUCAACGUGCCCGACGAGGACGACCGCAACAGCCCCUCGGGGUCCCCGCCGUCCGCGGUCACCACCGCCGACACGAAGCCCUCGCCGUCGUUCGGCGGGCAAGGGCAACGGCACGCCUUCAUGCCGCCGACGCUGCCAGUGGGGACGCUCGGCGGCGGCCAUCCCUACGGCAACGUGAAGCUCGAGCACCAGAGCUCGUUCAUGGACGGCGGCACAGUCCUCGACAUCGACGACUCGCUCCUCCUGCAGAUGCAAUGCGGACAGCUGUGACGUCCCCUCUCGCCGCGGCGAAUCCCGCCCGGAGGACAAAACAGCGGCGGCACCCAUCACCAUCAUCGCAUCCACGGCCGUGCUUGCCUCGAGAGCAGUCUGGUUGCAGAGCCGGCGUGCUUGUGUCUCGAUCGACCGACACCCAGAUGAUGGCACCCAAGCGAAAACAUGUGAGAGCGACACGGCGGUGCGGAGCGUGCAGGUCUGCGUCCAUGGAGAAAGAAACCUCAAGAACCCAUCGACGUGCCGCCCAGUGUACAUAGAACCUCAACCUCCCACUGUACUGAAAAACAAAAUCCGAAAUAAGCCUUCGAUGAAGCUCGUA